CUUGACAGUGCAUGUAAACAUACUGACUGAUUUGUUCCAUGAUUUUGCCAGUUUUACGUACAGGAUCAGUUUGUUCAGUAGAUGUAGAACACAGAUUUUUGAGGAGUGUAUUAUUAAUUGUCUGUGCAGCUCUGACAUAGUGGACAUCUAUCAUUUUUUCAGGACUAGCAUAUCAAAAUUUCUCAUUGGUGUAAUUUUUACUACCCUGUUCCACAGACAGUUUAAGUGAUUUCUGAGACUGGUAUCAGUAUUAAAACUACUCUCCUCGUGCUCUCUCUCGAUGUCAUCCACAGCGCCCUGGUAGCUAAUUUCCUCCUCAUAAUGCUACUGUUUUAUUCUUCCAUUCUUGUCUGCUGAUCACAGUGCAUCUCUGCGCCUUUACUCCCGCUGGAGUCUUAAUAAACAAACAGUGGUUGCAGGCUGACAGAGUCCCAUCACAGCACAGCGACUCCUUGGUCUCUAAUGUCUCCACAGCUGGAGUGAAGGCUCACGGUGGCAUCGCCCAGAGUGAGGCAGGCAGACAGCUUAUUUUUCCACUGUGAUUAGCUGAAACUGUGCCGCUCAUAUACAAAUGGAAAUGGGAUGUGCAUGAUUGUCCCCCUCUCCUCACCCUCUCUCUCCCAUCUGUCAAGACAAUAGAUUUUAAUCUUUAAUCCAUGAGCAGCCAUUGAAUACUCAGGAAUUACAAAUUACAGAUGUUUUAGUGUGCUUUUUUCUCUCCCAGAAUCCUCCCUGCCCGCUGUCUGUUUCCUUUCCCAGGCCCUUCAGCUACCUGCGAUCACAGUGUCGACACACAAAGCUCAUUGGAGCAUUGGUCGCUUCCGCUUUUUGUUGUCGCCUAAACCGUUUAGUUUUGGAUGAUCGCUCAAAGAUUCUGACGAGCAGCGGGGAAGAAGCGCGACGCCCAGCCGGGGAGGGAGCGCAGGAGGCCGGACAGAUCUGCUGGGCUGCAUCGGGGGAGACGCACCAUUAGACAUGGGGGAGAGAGAGAGAGGCACGCCUUGGCACGGCUCGGCACGGCUCAGAGCGCGGGGUCGAUCAGCUGCAUCACCGAGGCGAAACGGCGACCUCAGUCGAUUACCUUUCUUUCCUUUGCUAUCCCAUGGAUAUUCACUGCAAAGCAGACCCCUUCUCGGCGAUGCACCUGACCCACGCAGGGCACGGCGGUGUGAACCAGCUCGGCGGGGUGUUUGUGAACGGCAGACCCCUCCCGGACGUGGUUCGGCAGCGGAUCGUGGAGCUGGCCCACCAGGGCGUCCGGCCCUGCGACAUCUCCAGACAGCUACGGGUCAGUCACGGCUGUGUCAGCAAAAUCCUCGGCAGGUACUAUGAAACCGGCAGUAUUAAACCCGGAGUCAUUGGAGGCUCCAAACCAAAGGUUGCAACUCCGAAAGUGGUGGAUAAAAUAGCUGAGUACAAGCGCCAGAACCCAACCAUGUUCGCCUGGGAGAUAAGGGACCGACUAUUGGCUGAGGCCGUCUGCGACAACGACACUGUUCCCAGCGUUUCAUCCAUCAACAGGAUUAUCCGCACCAAAGUCCAGCAGCAAUUCCACCCGUCCCCUGAUGGAUCUGUCACGCCGCUUUCCACGCCAGGCCACACUAUAGUGCCCAGCACGGCCUCGCCCCCUGUGACCAGCGCCUCCAACGACCCCGUAGGAUCUUACUCCAUCAAUGGCAUUCUGGGUAUCCCUCGCUCCAACGGCGAGAAGAGGAAACGAGACGAUGUUCUCUGGAGUGGCAACCACUUGGAUGGAAGGAAAAUAGGACAUUAUGGCUCUGAUGGCUCAGGCCCUGGCAGCGACUCGCAGGGCAGUGUGGAGAGUUUAAGGAAGCACCUGCGAGCAGACGCCUUCACCCAGCAGCAGCUGGAGGCCUUGGACCGUGUGUUUGAACGCCCGUCUUACCCAGAUGUCUUCCCCACUUCAGAACACAUCAAACCUGAACAGGCCAAUGAAUACUCGCUCCCCUCCCUGAACGCUGGCCUAGAAGAUGUAAAGCCAAGCCUUUCCACCAGCGCCAGCUCCGAGCUCGCCUCCAGUGUCUCCCAGAGCUACUCUGUUGUGACAGACUCCCACCCAUCAUAUCCACCCUCCAUGUGUGUAAAGCGGGAGCCCCAUGAGGCCUCCUUUGCCCCCUUCACCCCCUCCUCUGUUGGGGACUCUGCUCUAGCUGACAUCUUGCCCCACCAGUCCAGCCUCUCUGUAGAUGCUUCCACUCCCAGCUGCCCUGCUCAUGCCUACAGCCAGUAUGCCAGCCAGCCCUUUAUAGCAGGUCGAGACAUGGCCAGCACCACCUUACCUGGCUAUCCGCCUCAUGUCCCCCCCACAGGACAAGGCAGCUACCCCACCUCCACACUCGCUGGAAUGGUUCCUGGAGGGGACUUUUCUGGAAACCCUUACUCCCAUCCACAGUACACCACUUAUAAUGAAGCAUGGCGGUUCAGCAAUCCAGCAUUACUAAUGCCGCAUCCCGUGGCUCCGCACCUCCCACUGCUGCCACUGCCUACGACCGCCACUAGUUACCAUGGAGACCAGCUCAAACUGCAGGGCCAGGGCUUCGGCCUCCAUAUUGUCCCCGUCUGAGAAACUCUGAGGUCAAAGAGAAGGAAACCCGUCAUGUGGAGGAAAGAUUGGCGACGUCCCACUGGUGUGACUGGCCAGAGCUUCAGCGUUACACACUUUGGGGUCAAACGGCCCCCCCUCAACGGGCGUCCAGAACUCACCCAUCAAUGCCCUCGAUCUCUCACAGGCCUGAACAUUUCCAGAAUGACUUUAAGAGAUUAUAUAAAUAUAUAUAUUAUAAAAUAUAAACUGAAGAAAAACAGUGUGGAAACCAUGUGGAAAACAAUGUUGUGGGUUUUUAUUUUUGUUUCUUUGUUGCUGUUGUUGUUGUUGUUAUUUUAUUCAUGGAUCCUCACAUUCCUCUCAUGUGAUGAACUGCAGUAUUUUUCUGCUCUAAAGAGAAAAGUCCAGGGGGAGAUGAUAAAGGUCCCACAGCGUGAUGGUCCAAGUGUUGUAGGGCUUUUCUAACACUUAAUGAGAUCCUAGUUACAUACUGUAGGCCGGCUUCACUCGGGCGCUUUGACAACGUCUUCUGCUCUCAUUUCUCCAGACUGGCAUCAUCACAUAAAAACACAACAUGUCCUACAAACAGACCAAUGGCAGCAUCACACUCCCUGUGGAACACAAUCAGAUGUAAAAAUGUAAAUCAUUUUCUAAGGUAUUUAAAAACACGGUAGCCAAAUUUGGUCUAGCCAGAAUUUUAAAUACUUUAACUUAUUAUUUUCUGUCACUAUUUUUUAAUGUAAAAAAAAUCAAAGAUUUCUUACAAUUUCACUCAUUUUCCAGUCCUCGAAUGAUCGUCUUUGCUUUUUUUUUUUUGCACUAUAACCUCAGCUAAUUUAAUUUAUUUGGUACAUUCACUAAUUAUUGAGUUUAAUUAACCUCUCAAUUAUACACAUACGUUGAAAUAUUUAUGUUGGGUGUAGAAUUCAAAGCAGACAGACAUUUUUUGUGGAAAGCAGUGUGUUCAAGGACCUGAGGAGUUUAAAGCCAUGGCCCUAUGGCUACAUGAACCAACUCUCCUGGGUUAAACUUCAUUCAGCUUAGUCAUACCACUAGAUGCCUACACAGUUUAGAGAGCUGUUUGCAGCCAAAACAAACUGUAAAUUAGCUUCAAAAAAAUGCCUUACAAACCUGUUUUUUCAGCCUAAAUUCAUGCCUGUUCAAUGAAAUUAAUUGCCUUUUACAAACACAUACACAGCCGCCACCUUGAUUUACAUUUUUCUCUCCAUCGGGACUGAAAGGAAACACUGAUUCAGUUUGCUUUUUGGACAAUAUUUUGUGAAUGUACUUUUAACUACAUUUGCCAAAGACUUAGUUUGAUAUUUAAUAUUUUAUUUACAGUAUAUGUGUGCAUAAGUAAAGCAGUAUUAUCUCUGAAUAAGUAGUCAACACUGAACCUGUAUGUCGAACAACACGACAACUGUAACGAGAAAAGGUGAAAUUCUCCAUUGGUUGCAACACAAUGCUGCUUUGUAGAAUGAUUUGUGAAUAAUGUGAAGACAAUUCUUCUCUGUAAAUAAUAUCACACACCGUUGCAGUAUCAUACUAAUGUACUGGCUCCCUUUGUAGAUAAACAGACAGAAAAAAAACAUGCAUUACAUUUGUGUCUUAAUGUAAUGUUGUGCUCUAAAGGAAAAGGCACAACUACUGUUGAACCUGUGGCUGCAGCGGGUUUCAGACGCUAACAUCACGUAGCUCGUCUUUGUCAUUUAAUUUUUGUUUUCAUGAUAAUGUCAUGAUGAUGUUUUAUGUCACUAUGCAAUGAGUUAAAAGGCUUUCUGUAUCAUCUUUAGUUGUUGGGCUCAGAGAAAGUAAUCCGCACGGAGAACGGCGUAAAAAGCUAUAAAGACCAACAUGAAGAUCAAACUGAAGUCCUUGGCAACAAUCAAAGAUAUCGUCCUGUUUGUAGAUGUUGUGAUCAUUACCCAAAUGACCGUCAAUGUAAAGAAACAUUGCAACAUGUAUUCCCACCCAUCUCCCCAACUUCUCUCCAAUUAACUUUAACUCUACAAAAGCAAAUACAUCACCUGGUAACAGGGUUAAAUGUUGUUAAGAGGCAUCCGACUGCGGUCAGGCUCUAUCCUCCAAGUAUUGCACUUGCCUUUUUCUGUCCACAUGUAGCUCAACAUAUCGGCGCAGAGUGCAGCCCACCUCUAAAGGAGCAGGUCUUCUGCUGUUGUAAAGAUGAAACAGGAGACGUGUCACGGACAUAAAAAAUAUAAAAGGAUUUCUGAUGAAAAUCUGUACGGAAAGCCUUGUGGCCUCAAUCAUUGUUCUGUUUCAGUUCUGUUCCAAUUCUUUUUUUGUGCACAUGAGAAAUAAAUUCUUUUAUAUGUCA